CGAACAUACGAUCCCGGCCAAACCCCAGACCCGCCUAUUUUUCUUAUUUUAUAUUCCCCCCACCCCGAAAUCUCAAUCAAUUUCUUCGCUGUGGUUUUCUUUUGAGUAAUUUCAUCGAACACUUUGCGAGCGCUAUUUCACAGACCCGAAAGCGAACCAAAACCUAAAUCAGAAGACAAUGUCUCUGCGCCCGGGCACACGCACCGAGGUGCGCAAGAAAUCGUACAAGACUGGAGUGGAUGCGGACCAGGCUCGGAGGAGAAGGGAGGACAACUUGGUGGAGAUCAGGAAGAACAAGCGCGAGGACAAUUUGCUCAAGAAGAGAAGGGAAGGCUUGCCUCCGUCCCAGCAGCAACUGCUUGAUGGCACCCAAACCGCCGUCGUUUUCGAGAAGAGGUUGGAAAGUAUUCCCUCAAUGGUGCAAGGAGUAUGGUCUGAUGAUCCUACUUUGCAAUUGGAGGCUACCACUCAGUUUAGGAAGCUAUUAUCAAUUGAACGCAGCCCUCCAAUUGACGAGGUUAUAAAAGCAGGUGCGGUCCCUCGGUUUGUGGAGUUUCUUGGGAGACAUGAUAUGCCCCAAUUGCAAUUUGAAGCUGCAUGGGCUUUGACUAAUGUUGCAUCUGGAACAUCAGAUCAUACACGAGUUGUUAUUGAACAUGGUGCGGUCCCCAUGUUUGUGCAGCUUCUUAGCUCUGGCAGUGAUGAUGUCAGAGAGCAGGCAGUGUGGGCUCUAGGAAAUGUUGCUGGCGACUCUCCUAGUUGCAGGGAUCUUGUUCUUGGACAAGGUGCACUAAUGCCAUUGCUAGCUCAAUUAAAUGAACAUUCCAAGUUAUCCAUGCUAAGGAAUGCUACAUGGACUUUAUCAAACUUUUGUCGUGGCAAGCCAGCAACACCAUUUGAUCAGGUGAAGCCUGCCUUACCAAUUCUUCGACAACUUAUUUACUUAAAUGAUGAAGAAGUCUUGACAGACGCUUGCUGGGCCCUAUCGUAUCUCUCAGAUGGUCCAAAUGACAAAAUUCAGGCUGUGAUUGAAGCGGGCGUCUGCCAGCGACUUAUGGAGCUUCUGAUUCAUCCAUCACCUACGGUUCUUAUACCUGCUCUUCGGACAGUGGGAAACAUUGUUACUGGUGAUGAUUCCCAGACUCAGUUUGUUAUUGAUAACCAAGUGCUCCCUCGCCUCCAUCAACUUCUCACACAAAAUCACAAAAAGAGCAUCAAGAAAGAAGCUUGUUGGACAAUUUCAAAUAUCACAGCCGGGAAUAAAAUUCAAAUACAGGCUGUGAUUGAAGCCGAUAUAAUCCUCCCGCUUGUGCAACUUCUCCAACAUGCAGAAUUUGACAUAAAAAAGGAGGCUGCCUGGGCCAUCUCAAAUGCCACUUCUGGAGGAUCUCAUGACCAGAUUCAGAUUGAUUCCACAAUAUUUGGGGUCUUACCGCAUUGAGAGAGUUGAAAGAAAGUUGGGAAAAGAGUUGGGUUGUGCAACAUUUUCCAGCCAGAUAAUAAAUGGAAAUACAUGGUGCUACUCAGCUUUAUCAGCUUUUGAGUGGAUGUUCUUCCCCUUAAUCUCUUUCUUUUGUCUGACUCCGCUGUUUUCCACUUCACAUAACUGAUCAAUUUGAAUGUCAUAUAUCAACUAUCAAGUACUAA